ACCAGUCAGCUGAUAGUGACAAGAGGCAAAGAAGGGAGUAUUCACAACCACGUGAAAUCCCACCAUUGCCCUGCUUACACAUGUGGGAGACAUUUACUCACCAGCUUAUAUUUCAGGCUUCACUUAGCUCAGUCAGUGGUACACGUGAGCUGUUCUGCUGACGUCCAGGGAAGGUUAGCCAGUAAAUAUGAGAGGAGCGGUGGUGGUGGUGGUGAUACUGGCGGCGGUGGUGGUGGUAGCUGCCCUCCCCCCCAGAAAUCUCACAGAUCCUGAGGUGAACCCUGGGUGUGAGGAGUGUGAGGAGCCAUGGUUAGUGGUGACGGCUGGGGAGGGCGCCAACAACACUCUGCAUCACCUGUGGGGGGCAAAGGAGACUCUCAGCUUCCUCGUAGUGGCUGGGACGGGAGGACCUAAUGUCUCUGUGGACUGGGAUGCCCUUCGUAAUGGAACUAAUAGAUCUGUCACUUUCCAAAGCCAGCCUUCACAUGUUUUUGGAUUCGUGAUUCCCAGUCUGAUCCUGUACAAUGAUCCCAAGGAUAAAGGUGCAUUCAAGGAUCAGAAUGAGUCAUUACGAGUGCCAGUGUCAGACUUCACCUGGAGUGCAGAGGUGCUGCCGCGCUCCCCACACCAGGUGGCUGUGAAACUCCAGACCACUCACUUCCAAGACACUCCACUUCCCAACAAAACCAGGAUACUGAUGCAGGUGUCGGCCUAUGGGGAAGACGGACGAAGCAGUGUGCUGCCUCACCUCCUGUACACUCCAAACUCAGCACAACUUGACCUCAUCCUGGACCAUUUCAAACUUAACCUCACAGAAGAGGCAAACAGCUGGAAUAAGACACGGUGGGGCAUGGAUGUGGUGGUGUUCAGCUCGGAGCACAAGGCGGAAGAAGAGGACGGAGACUUUGGUCUAAAGUUUCACACUCAGAAGUCCCUGGAUGAUGAGCACACUCCAGGAGUUUUCAAUCUUGAUCAGCUGACGAGUGCCGGGGCUCGGGCUGGAGAUGAAGCCGGGGGUUACCUGCAGUGGCGGCCAGUCAGUUACCUCACCUCAGACAGAGACAUCAGUGAAGCCACCAUCCCCAAUCUCAACACCUCCCUUCCAGCGCUGGUCAACUUGACAGAACCUCUCAGGAAGUCGCUGGCUUAUGCUGUGAUGGGCGACAACCUAACUCUGUCUGGUGCGGCAGUCACCUCAAUCAUCAGCUUUGGCCAGUAUAAGGAUGGCUACUAUGAGGCAGAGAAUUAUACUACUUGGACAGUGGCAAUAGGUGAGGGAGAGCCCCCCAAGGAGACGUUCUCAACACUGGUGGUGGUGGUGAUCAGCCUCGGUGUGGUGCUGCCAGGCGCCAUGUUCCUGGUUGGUUGUAUGGUGCUUGCUGUCCGCCGUUGGCGUCGCCACAGCUCAUCAGACUCCAUCCUUAUCACUGCUGAGUAGCUUGUCUGCCCUCCAUCCAGCCACCCACCCAGCCAGGCCAGUAUGAUGGGACACACACACACACACACAAAACCUACCAACUAAUGAUCCUGCACAUGAGUUUUUAAAAUUCUUUUAAUUAAUUCUUUCUUCAGUUUACUUCAACAUUUUGCUAGUUAUUUUUACAGUUCACAUGACCCAAAGCCAUUAUGAGUUUUGUAUAUUUUUAUUCAUAAAUGUUGUUUUCUGUAUAGAUGCUUUUAAGGCUCAGCUGAUAUUUAUUAGCUGGAUGUAUUUUUCCAAGCAAGAUUAACUAGAGAUAAUACAUAUACAUAGUUAAUGCUGUGAAUAUAUUGCUGUUUAAUAAUGUUACAUAGAUUUGUAACAUUAUACAAUGUAUACAUUAUAUAUUUUUGUGGGAAAAUCUUGGUUAGAUAUUUUUUUAUGAAUGUGUGAGUUAACAAUGUUGUGAACCAAAUAUUCAUGGUGAAAUCACUCCUUUUUACAAUAAUGUAAUUGCUCUAUUUUGAGCCUUGUGUUGGUGCCUCCUCACACCUCCUUCCAAACACUAGUAUCAGUUUACAUUCCUAAACGUGUGGCUCAGAACAUCUUGCAUGUCCAAGAGUUCCUCUCACUGUUCUCUUGUUGUGAUUUAUCUCCACCAUUUUUCUCAUCUUGUGCCUUUACUCACAACUCGCCUUAUAGUGACCUUACUCAGGGGACAGAGUACUUGCUUUUAUCAGUGAGUUUAGAAGUAUUGCAGUCUAUAUUUCAUGGCUUGAAUGUUUCCUAGCCCAAAGAUAAAGACCUCAUCAGUUCUGGCUUACUUGCUGCAUCCUGAUGCUUCAUGCUGUGCUCAACUCUUGAGACGUGACUCAGUGUUAUCAUGUUUUUUACUCAUAAUGUUCAUGUUAUUUUAUAAUUAUUAUGAUGUUAAUUCAUCAACUUUUAAUGAACAAUUUUUAAUGUUACAUUAUGAAUUCAUCAACAUUUAAUGAACCAUAUGAAUAAGGGUAAAUAAACAUCCGUUUGGUACCUCAUUUCUGGGUGAUGGUCAUUUCAGUUAGACAUUCAUAAUCACAUUUCUAAAAUUGGUUGAUAUGAUUAUACUCUAAAUGCACACACACACAUACACAGUGUGAGUGUGCAUACACUUGAGUACAACCACAAGUACCUGGCCAGAGGUCAGGGGUGUCCAGUGGCCAAAACCUUCUGACAAUGUGACAACACUCCAUGCACUGAACUGUACAUGUGAAAGAAAGUUGGAGCAAAAAACAAAUGAUUGAGUGUUGUGCAAGCCCAUUGGAGGAGAGAAAACACACUGAGAAAAUAUAGUUGCCAAGAGGUUGAGUAGAAUGUUUAUUUGGUGAUAUUAUUAAAAAUUAAGGUGAAGAAAACAGUUGUAAAUGUUAAUAAGAAAAUAUUAUGAGGAUGUCCCUCACUGACUCAGAGUGGGACGCCACAAACAGGUAUUCACUUCCUUAAACACAAUCCCACAGACUUACUGAAAUCUGCAAGUGCAAAGUGUUUGUAUCCCAUUCAUUCAUCUUAUUUUAUUGAGGGUAUUGUAAGAAUUAAAGUCAAGGAUAUUUUCCUAAUUAAGAAAGUCAUCUGUAGUUACUCAUCUACUAUAAUUAUGUCUGUAGUAUUAAGUGGGAUAUAUGUGUAAGAUUUUAUUUAUAAGAAAGUAUAUAUUUUCAAUAUUAUAUUAUAAUAAACUUUUAAAUUAAACUUACAAGUAGGUAGAUAUUGUGGUAAUAGUCAGCCAUUAUCUUCCUCAUUGCCUGUAUGUCAGGUGUUGGGAUGCCUAAUAUCAUAGAUAAAAUAGAAUUAUUAGUAAAUAUUUAUGUGGUGUGAUUCUCUGUAUCAGUAUUUGCUCACUUUUAUUCCAACAGGAAGUUUACAUCCUACCAGUGCAUCGGUAGAGUAUCAAUAUUUUGUUGUUUAGAGACAUUUCUGGUCAUGUUGAUGCUUUAGUGGCACAUUUUUGUCUUGAAGUGUGCUUUGUCAUCUGCCAGAUUGCCCAGGUGGUGUGAAGACAGCUUGUGUUGGCAGUGGCUCUUUGUUAACACAGUGAGCCUCUUGAUGCCUCAAAGCUGCAAGUGCCUCAGAAUUUUAUCACUUUAUUUUUUGGAAUCUUGUAAUGUUCAGAAGUUUGUGGAGGGUUUCUCUUGUAGAAUGUACAGUGCAUUGAAGGAAACAAAUAACUGAUACUGACCAUGGAUCAGUAACAUUUAUGGAAUCAACUCGUUACUCAGCAUUUAUGAGCAUACUUGUGUUUCAUUAUUGAAAUUUUAUAGACUCUGGUACUGCGGUUGUGAAACGUGCUGAGUGAAGUAUCACUUUUCUGUCAAGUAAGAUGCUCAUUAGAAUGUCUGUUAAGAGAGUGCAAGGCAAAAUAGAUGCAUCUUGAUAGCAUAGGAAUUAUUUUAAAAUGUAAUAAAUAUUAUGAAAAUAG